UUAAAUGCUUUCAUUCUAUUAAUUGGCUACUUAUGUAGCGUUCUUAUUGUUGUGUUGUAUGGCAGACAUUCAAUGAGAUACAAAAGCUUCUUAGCAAGACUAAUGGCAAAGUUGUUGGUGGUUUAAUGACUUCUUAGCAAGUCCACUAGCCUAUAAUAACAAUCUUUAGCUAUGUCCCGUCAUAGUCAUAGUCAGGUGGAUAUUUUUGAGUACUUUUGAUUCAUUUAAAAUUCUUAUAAAGUGUAUGUCUGGAUUGUGUGCAACGAGUGGUUGUAUUCUAUCCAUAUGCAUAAUAUGUCAUUCAUGACGUUUGCAUGUCAACCUUUUCUCAUUGACCAUACCGACAAGAGUCUAGUUGUAUAAUUCACCUAUCUUCAAAAUAACUGGUCCGCAUCUCCUUCAUUACUCAGUUUCGAACAUCAUCAUCAUCAUGAACCAUAAAACUGGUGGGGUUAAAAUAUACUUCCUCCCCUUCCUAGGUGGAGGUCAUCAGAUCCCGAUGAUAGACACAGCAAGAAUGUUUGCAAAACAUGGAGUCACAUCAACCAUCCUAACCACACCUUCCAACGCAGCACAAUUCCAAAACUCAAUCACCCGCGACCAAAAAUCAAAUCUUCCUAUCACCAUCUACACUCUCACCACUCCUCAAAACACCCUAUUACCUGACAUAGACAUGUCUGCCGGUCCCAUGACCGAUACCUCGCUUCUCCUCGAACCUGUGAAACAGUUACUCCUCCAACAAAGACCCCAUUGUAUAGUUGUUGACAUGUUUCAUCGUUGGGCUGGUGACAUCAUUGGCGAACUCAAACUCCCAAUGAUUGUUUUCAACGGGAGCGGGUGUUUCCCUCGCUGUGUCGGUGCAAAUAUGAGAAAACAUGUUGCGUUUGAGAAUCUGAGUUCUGACUCAGAAUCUUUCAUUGUCCCUGGUCUUCCUGAUAGAGUUGAGAUGACAGGGUCUCAAGUUCCGAGUUUCAUGAGAAACCAAUCUGGGUUGUCUGAUUGGAUGGCGCAAAUAGAGGAAAAAAGCUUAGGUAUUGUUAUCAAUAGCUUCUAUGAUUUGGAACCAGUUUAUGCUGAUUACCUAAGAAAUGAAUUGGGAAAGAAAACAUGGCUUGUAGGAUCUGUUUCUCUCUGCAACAGAAGCAUAGAAGAUAUGAAAGAGAGGGGGAAACAACCCACUAUUGAUGAACAAAGUUGCUUGAAUUGGUUGAAUUCUAAGAAACCCAGUUCAGUUCUUUAUAUUAGUUUCGGGAGCGUAGUUUGCUUACCGAUGAAACAGCUCAAGGAAAUUGCUUAUGGUCUUGAGGCUUCUGAUCAACCAUUCAUUUGGGUGGUUGGGAAGAUUCUCAAGUCAUCUAAAAGUGAUAGUGAAAAUUGGGUUCUUGAUGAAUUUGAAAAGAGAAUGAAGGAAAUGGAUAAAGGUUUGAUUUUGAGAGGUUGGGCUCCUCAGCUUUUGAUAUUGGAGCAUGAUGCAGUUGGUGGGUUUAUGACUCAUUGUGGUUGGAACUCAACUUUAGAAGGUGUGUGUGCUGGUGUGCCUCUGAUAACAUGGCCACUUUCGGCUGAACAAUUUAUCAAUGAGAAGUUGGUAACCGAUGUGUUGAGGAUUGGGGUUCAAGUGGGUAGCAGAGAGUGGGGGUCUUGGGAGGAAGAGAGGAAAGAGUUGGUGGGAAGAGAGAAGGUGGAGUUUGCAGUGAAGAAGUUGAUGGUGGAGAGUGAAGAGGUAGAAGAAAUGAGAAGGAGAGUUAAAAGUAUUGCUGAGAAGGCAAAAAGAGCCGUUGAAGAAGGUGGAAGUUCUUAUGGUGAUAUUGAUGCCUUGAUUCAGGAACUUAAAAACUUGCAGAAUGGCAAGGAUGUUUAGGUUGUUAGAAAAUGCAAGAAAAGUGUUUUUAACACCCUAAUUUUUAAAUGAUUGGAAUGAUAUAAUUGAGUGAUGUAUGCUUAGUAGUAUAAAACUAUUUUAAAUGAUCAGUGUAUAAUUAUUAAAUUUUUAUAAUUAAAUUAAAUGUUAUGGGAUUGAGAGAUUCUGUAA